GUCAAGAUGCUGGGCCGCACACGCGCCAGCCGCACGGCAGCCAACGACCCAGGCGUGCCUGUCCGAGUGGUCCGUAGCAGCGCUCCAGAGGCCGGGCUAGCGCUCACAUCGGGAGACCCGGGAGGGGACCCGGACGCCGGGCCACCGCCGCGGAGGACCGCGUCAGAGACCCUCGCCGUCAACGUCAACACCGCCGCGAGCGACAGCGACAGCCACAGCAUCCUCAGCACGGCGUCUUCCGGCUACAGGUUCGUUGAUCCAUCUGAGCAAGGCCGGUUCAAAGCCAAAGACCUCGGGCCCUUUUGCGAACAACUGGAUCGUUUGCUGGACUACAUACAUUCCACGGCUGAUCUGAAUCACGUCAUGUACACCUAUCCAAGCAAAUUGCAGGAAUUAUUAGAUACUCAAGCACUGGAAUUGAGGGCAAUCCACCGAGAGGCUCGAGCUGCUCAUGUAAGGAUUCAACAGGUGAAAAACCAACGCAAAGCUGUUCGAAAAGAAUGCCGAGCAAUGGAUAAAUCUCUUGCAGCCAUAAAAGAGGAGGAAAUAAAAGAGAUGGAAAAUUACAUUGCUCUCUAUGACAAAGCAUUGAUUACACGCUGGGAAAAGAUUCGUAGUUCUUCACAAGAGGAUGUGGUUGACAGUUUCAUCCAUGAUAUAAAGGGAAAGCAGAAGGCCUUGGAAUAUUUGCAUACUCUUUCAAGCAACAAGCUGAAACAGCUUCAGAACAGCCAUAACUCAACAGAAGAGUCAAAACCAGUCAGCCUUGCAUUGAGGAGGUUAUCAGCCAGCAGUGGAGGUCGUAGUAAUACAGGACGGUGGAGAAAUAAACAUCACGAGAGGGCAAUAAGAUCUCCAGCAGCAAAUGUGCCCCAAGAAGCAAAUCCUCCACUACCGCCACCAAUCAAUCUGACUCUAGUUCCCGCCUUAAAUGGGAAUGAAGGCACUAUCAGACUAUCUUCAACAAGUGUCUUAGGAUCAGCGAGCAGCAGCUUUCUCCAAACCAACCCACCUGCUGUGAUCAAUACACAUUUAUCAAGCAACAGUAGCAGUCCACUAACAAUUAGUAGCCCAGAAAGAAGAUCAAUUUUGCAGGCUUUGUUCAGUGACAUACAACAUCCUGGCACUCAUGACAAUCUACCAAUCAAUGCAGUGAUGCCACGCCUAGUCAAUACAGCAUCAGCAGGUGCAGCAAGACUUAGAGGACGAGGUGGAACAGAUAAUCAAAAUGCAAACGUUUCAGGAAAUUCUGAAAAUGGUAAUGACAUUGAGCUGUACAACCUGAAUGAUGCACCAUAAUGCACCAGGUCUUGAAAAAUUUACUUAAUAAUAAUAAAAAAAGGAAAACCUGAAAA